AUGGGAAUAUGUAGUGGCGCCCCUCGCGCCUCAGCCUGGGGGCCCGGACCGCGGGAAGGAUCAUGCGGCGGCUGCACGGAUGGGCCGGGUUCCCGGGAGGAUGCUGGAGAGGGCAAGUCCGAGACCGGGCUGUGCGCCUGGAAGGGGAAAAGCCGGUCUGGGGGCCGAGGCUUGCCUGAUCCUGGAAGGGAGGAGUAUCACAUCCUGCUGCCCAUGAGCCUGGACGAGUACCAGGUGGCCCAGCUCUACAUGAUCCAGAAAAAGAGCCGGGAGGAGUCAAGUGGUGAGGGCAGUGGCGUGGAGAUCCUGGCGAACCGGCCCUACACGGACGGGCCCGGCGGCAGCGGGCAAUAUACACACAAGGUGUACCAUGUGGGCUCCCACAUCCCAGGCUGGUUCCGGGCACUGCUGCCCAAGGCCGCCCUGCAGGUGGAGGAGGAGUCCUGGAACGCGUAUCCCUACACCCGCACCCGGUACACCUGCCCCUUCGUGGAGAAAUUCUCCAUUGAAAUAGAGACCUACUACCUGCCUGAUGGGGGGCAGCAGCCGAACGUCUUCAACCUGAGUGGGGCCGAGAGAAGACAGCGCAUUCUGGACACCAUCGACAUCGUGAGGGACGCGGUGGCCCCGGGGGAAUACAAAGCGGAAGAGGACCCUCGGCUGUACCGCUCGGUCAAGACAGGCAGGGGGCCGCUGGCGGACGACUGGGCGCGCACGGCCGCGCAGACGGGCCCCCUCAUGUGCGCCUACAAGCUGUGCAAGGUGGAGUUCCGCUACUGGGGCAUGCAGGCCAAGAUCGAGCAGUUCAUCCACGACGUCGGUGAGUGCCCAGCGGGCGGCCCUUGGGGCGUGUCUCCCCAGAGCCUGUCCGAGUGGCGCAUGCAGAACAUCGCCCGGGACUCUGAGAACAGCUCCGAGGACGAGUUUUUUGACGCCCACGAAGGCUUCUCGGACAGCGACGAGGUCUUCCCCAAGGAGAUGACCAAGUGGAACUCCAAUGACUUCAUCGACGCCUUCGCCUCCCCGACGGAGGCAGAGGGGGCGCCAGACCCUGGAGCUGAGGCCACCAAGGACGUCGGGGACGGGGCGCGAGCGCCCAGGGACUCGGAGGGUCCGGACGGCGCCGCGGAGCUGGGGGCUGAGGCCUGCGCCGUCCACGCCCUCUUCCUCAUCCUCCACAGCGGCAACAUCCUGGACUCCGGCCCUGGGGACGCCGGCUCCAAGCAGGCGGACGUGCAGACGCUGAGCCUGGCCUUCGAGGCCGUCACCCGCGUCCACUUCCCCGAGGCCUUGGGCCACGUGGCGCUGCGCCUGGUGCCCUGCCCGCCCAUCUGCGCCGCCGCCUAUGCCCUAGUCUCCAACCUGAGCCCCUACAGCCACGACGGCGACAGCCUGUCCCGCUCCCAGGACCACAUUCCACUGGCCGCCCUGCCGCUGCUGGCCACCUCGUCCUCCCGCUACCAGGGCGCGGUCGCCACGGUCAUCGCCCGCACCAACCAGGCCUAUGCCGCCUUCCUGCGCUCGUCUGAGGGCGCCGGCUUCUGUGGGCAGGUCGUGCUGAUCGGAGACGGCGUGGGCGGCAUCCUGGGCUUCGACGCGCUCUGCCACAGCGCCAGCGUGGGCACCGGGAGCCGGUGCAGCAGCCGCCGGGGGAGCGUGAACAACGAGCUGCUCUCCCCGGAGGUGGGCCCGCUGCGGGACCCCCUGGCAGAGGGGGCGGAGGGCCUGGGCCGCGCCAGCCCAGAGCCCUCCGCCCUGCCCGCCCAGCGCACGGCCGGCACGGAGCCCCAGGGCUCUCAGAGCAGCCUGCAAGCGACGCCCCCCACCGCAGCCUCCGGGGAGCCCCGCAGGGUCAGCGCAGUCUCCUGCCCCUCCGCCGCGGGCGCCGAGGCUGCAGACGGGCCCGCCAGCUCCGCCCGCCUGGACUUCAAGGUCUCCGGCUUCUUCCUCUUCGGCUCCCCGCUGGGCCUGGUGCUGGCUCUUCGGAAAACCGUGAUGCCCGCCUUGGAGGUGACCCAGAUGCGCCCCGCCUGCGAGCAGAUCUACAACCUCUUCCACGCGGCCGACCCCUGCGCCUCCCGCCUUGAGCCCCUGCUGGCCCCCAAGUUCCAGGCCAUCGCCCCAUUGACUGUGCCCCGCUACCAGAAGUUCCCCCUGGGAGAUGGCUCGUCCCUGCUGCUGGCCGACACCCUGCAGACCCACUCGGGCCUCUUUCUGGAGGAGCUGGAGAUGCUGGUGCCCUCUACGCCCACCUCUGCCAGCGGUGCCUUCUGGAAGGGCAGUGAGUUAGGCACCGAGCCCCCGGCCCAGCCAGCUGCCCCCAGCACCACCAGCGAGGUGGUCAGGAUCCUGGAGCGCUGGUGGGGGACCAAGCGGAUCGACUACUCGCUCUACUGCCCCGAGGCGCUCACCGCCUUCCCCACCGUCACGCUGCCCCACCUCUUCCACGCCAGCUACUGGGAGUCGGCGGACGUGGUGGCCUUCAUCCUGCGCCAGGUGAUCGAGAAGGAGCGGCCACAGCUGACCGAGUGCGAGGAGCCGUCCAUCUACAGCCCGGCCUUCCCCAGGGAGAAGUGGCAGCGCAAACGCACCCAAGUCAAAAUCCGGAACGUCACGUCCAACCACCGGGGGAGCGACACGGUGGUGUGCGAGGGCCGCCCCCAGGUCCUGAGCGGGCGCUUCAUGUACGGGCCCUUGGACGUGGUCACGCUCACUGGAGAGAAGGUGGACGUCUACGUGAUGACGCAGCCGCUGUCAGGCAAGUGGAUCCACUUCGGCACAGAGGUCACCAACAGCUCCGGUCGCCUCACCUUCCCGGUGCCCCCGGAGCGUGCCCUGGGCAUCGGCGUCUACCCGGUGCGCAUGGUGGUCAGGGGCGACCACACGUACGCUGAGUGCUGCCUGACCGUGGUGGCGCGUGGCACGGAGGCCGUGGUCUUCAGCAUCGACGGCUCCUUCACCGCCAGCGUCUCCAUCAUGGGCAGCGACCCCAAGGUGCGCGCCGGCGCGGUGGACGUGGUCAGGCACUGGCAGGACGCGGGCUACCUGAUCCUGUACGUCACGGGGCGGCCCGACAUGCAGAAGCACCGCGUGGUGGCCUGGCUGUCGCAGCACAACUUCCCCCACGGCGUGGUCUCCUUCUGUGACGGCCUCACCCACGACCCGCUGCGCCAGAAGGCGGCGUUCCUGCAGGGCCUCGUGCAGGAGGUGGAACUGAACAUCGUGGCCGGAUACGGGUCCCCCAAAGACGUGGCUGUGUAUGCGGCGCUGGGUCUGCCCCCCGGCCAGACCUACAUCGUGGGCCGCGCAGUGCGGAAGCUGCAGGCUCAGUGCCAGUUCCUGUCGGACGGCUACGUGGCUCACCUGGGUCAGCUGGAGGCGGGCGCCCACCCUCAUGCCCCCGCGGGCCCCUCGAGGGCUGCCCUGGCCAAGAGCAGCUACAGUGGAGCCGCCCCGGUGGACUUCCUGCGCAAGCAGAGCCAGCUGCUUCGCUCGCGGGGGCCCAGCCAGGCGGAGCGCGAGGGCCCGGGGACCCCGCCCACCACCCUGGCCCGGGGCAAGGCCCGGAGCAUCAGCCUCAAGCUGGACAGUGAGGAGUGAGGCCAAACUGGCAGGACUGGGGCAGCGACGCUCAGACUCGAGGCCAAGUGGCGAGCGCGGAGGCCGGCCGGCCCUGCCCGGCACCCCUGCCCGCCCUUCGGCGUUACUCGCUCCCGUGGGUGGACACGGCAGGGGAGGAGGGGGGUGCAGCCGGGACCCAAAGGCCUUUCCAGCGUGUGUGAAUCCAUGAAAAUAAACACCACCGCAUCCCACCAG